GCAGAAUCGCAGCUGUGUGGUUUUUGUAUGUAACUGCUGAAAUUGGAGCUUGUUACUACGCAUGCGCAGUGAUGGCGCACCGGCGCCGGUGAACGCGCAGCAUGUCGGAGCUAGCGCGAGCUCACACCUGGGAGAUUUCCGACUCGGAGGCAGAGCUCGAGCCCGAGACUGAGGGCAGCACCGCGGGGUCGGGGAGCGCGCAUAGCCGCACACACAGCUCUCAGAGCCCCAGUGCCCGGGGAAAGAGGAGAGGGGACAGGGAGAGACAGAGGGAGGAGAAGGAGAGACAGAAAGAGAGACAGAGGGAGGAGAAGGAGAGAUGGAAAAGGGAAAAGGAGAAACAGAGGGAGAGACAGAAGGAGGAGAAGAGACAGAAGCAGAAGAAGAAGAAGGAGGCGGCUGAGAGAGUAAAAAGUCUCAAACCUGAGGAAUAUUUAAAGACCAUCACUGUCAACAUCCACCCAGUGUUGUUGCAGGACUCAGGGUGUGACGUGUUGUUGAGUACACUGGCUGCUUUGGAGUGGAGGAACCAAAUAGAGGAGCACGACCUCACACACUCCAUCAGCUGGAGCAGAACACAAGCUGUAACUCUACACACUACUGAGGAUGAAGACAGUAUGGUGGUUGAGGAAGACCAGGUGCUGAUGGUUGUCACUCAGAUUGAGUUUGUGGACAUGAUGAUGUCCAUCAAACAGGCUCUGAUUGGUGGUUGUGAGGAGGCGGAGUCUCUGUUCCAGCCUCUCUGUGGGUAUCUAAACAGAAAAACAGGAGCAGUCAUUUCAGUGCUGGUGACCAGGGGGCAGUACUAUCAAGGCAGAGACUUGUAUUAUGAGGAAGAUGAGACGUGUCCACGUUCUCAACUUGGGCUCCAGAACAUCGACAUUGAGGAGGUGCUUGUGUACCUGCAGCUCUACAAGAAUGUAUCAGUCCACUUCCUGUUUGGCUGGCAGGAAGUCACAGAUCAUGUGUGUGCUGUUACCAAGGCCUUAUCUAAACGCCCCUCAAGAACACUACAGGACAUUCCUGAUCUUGGUUUCUGUGUGGACGGUUUGUGGUCAGGGGGAGUGCGUGUUGAGAGUGGUGGGCGGGGCCUCGCUCAGGUUUGGACACGACAAAUACAGCAGCUCAACCGUGUCAGUGUCUCCAUGGCAACAGCGGUGACCACUGCCUACCCCUCCCCCCAACUCCUUCUACAGGCCUAUGAGAAAGCAGAGUCUGGAGAAGAGAGGUGUGGCCUAUUGGCUGAUCUCAGAGUGAAGGGCGGAGCUAAAGAGAGACGUAUCGGACCUGAGCUGUCGACCCGUGUGCACCGACUGAUGACUUCCCACAAUCCUGAGCUGGUGCUGGACUAGAGAAUUGUGGGAAAUGCAUAUUAUGUUUAAUAUAAAUCAUGGACUCAAUCAGGGACAUCACACACACACACACACACACACACACACACACACACACACACACACACACAGUUUGAAUUUAUUCAGAUUAAGAUUUGAAAUGAAGAUCAGUGUAUCAGUGACUGGGUUGAUGUUCUUGUUGAGAAGGUUUGAGCAGAGUCAGCUGCUUUACAGUGGAACAGGAGAAGACUGUGGGUUACACAAUACCUCCUGUUAUCUGCUCACAUUCUUCACUCUGGCAUCACUGUGAUCUUCUCUCUGUGUAAACACAUCCCCCAUACACACCUUCUGUCCUUCACUGGAGACACAUUUGUGUAAUUUAGGUGUAGAUGUGGACAGUGUCUCCGGUUUAAACCACGUUCAUGAUCUGAUGAUUUGUAGAGCACCAAUAUCAGACUUCUCUCACGUAUUCAACAGUCUAUUGUUUUCCACAGUAGAAAGAGCAACAGUUCCCUGAACUGGAUUUAUACUGAGGGAAAGAAAAGUUCUUGUACCUUCAUGUCAGGUCACAUGGAAUAAAGGUAUUGGAAUAUA